AUGCCUUCCAGGGAAGCUUCCCACGCUGGGUCGUGGUAUUCCGACGGUCGACAGGCCCUCACUCGCCAACUCGACCAAUGGCUUGCUCAGGUCCCUAACGACUUAGAGGGCAUAGGGCCCCUUCCUUUUCCUGGUGCACGAAUUAUAAUUGCUCCACAUGCGGGUUAUGCGUACUCAGGGCCAUGUGCGGCCUAUGCCUACAAGGCUUUAGACUUAUCUAAGGCUAAACGAAUCUUUAUCCUUGGACCUUCGCAUCAUUAUCCUCUCUCAACCCUCGCCUUGCCUUCCCUUACCUCUUAUUAUACACCGCUCUCCGAUGACCCACUCCCGCUUGACCUAGAACUGAUUUCCAAACUCUCCUCUUCGAAGGCUGUCAGACCUAAUGGCUCUUCCAUUGGAUUUGCAACGAUGACUCGCGCCAUUGACGAAGAUGAACACAGUAUUGAGAUGCACCUGCCUUACAUACACCGCCUCUUGCAGCUCCAACACCCGAACACGCCGACAUCGCAGUAUCCGCCUCUGGUCCCUAUUAUGGUUGGAAGUACAUCUGUAACUACCGAAAGCGCGUUUGGGGCCCUACUUGCUCCUUACCUUGCUGAUCCAUCAAAUGCCUUCGUUAUAAGUUCUGACUUUUGCCAUUGGGGUCUACGAUUUCACUAUACGUACUAUGUACCCCAGGCGCCCAAACCUGGACCCACGCUGCCUAUUUCUAACGACGCUCUCCCACAGCCUGGAGACAACUUGGAUGAGGUAGAGCAACACAUUGAGCUGGUGUCUGCCGGUCGAUCCUUGCAGCGGCGCGACCGUAUUUCUAGAGAUCAGCCAGCCAUUCACGAAAGCAUCUCUUCAUUUGAUAUUGCGAGCAUGGCAGCUAUAACCACCGGCAGCACUGAGACCUUUCUUGAAACCAUCCAGAGAACGGGGAAUACGGUCUGUGGACGUCACCCUAUCGGAGUUAUUAUGGCGGGGUUGGAACACAUUCAAAACAAGGAAGGGAACAAGGGUAGGUUCCAUUUUAUCAGGUAUGAGCGCAGCUCAGACGUGUUCGAUGUGACCGACAGCUCUGUAAGCUAUGUCUCUGCAUUUGCGGUGUUGUAG